AGACAUUUCAGCUGGCCGUUCGUUUCCGGUGGGGGUGCCGCGCCCAGUGAGGGCCCGGAAGUGGGUCGCGCGAAGAUUGCUGGGCGGUUCUUGCCGGAAGUGGAAAGCGGCUGUUCGCAGUCGGGAGGUGAAGCCGAGCUCUGAGCAGGUGGUGCAUUAUGGCUGACAUGCAAAAUCUGGUAGAAAGAUUGGAGAAGGCUGUCGGCCGCCUAGAGGCAGUAUCCCAUGCCUCUGACAUGCACUGUGGGUACGGAGACAGUGCUCCAAAAGGAGCAGUUCCUUAUGUGCAAGCAUUUGACUCACUGCUUGCUGGGCCUGUGGCAGAAUACUUGAAGAUCAGUAAAGAGAUUGGAGGAGAUGUGCAGAAACAUGCGGAGAUGGUCCAUACAGGUCUGAAGUUGGAGCGGGCUCUCUUGGUUACAGCCUCUCAGUGCCAGCAGCCAGGAGGUAAUAAGCUUUCUGAUUUGUUGGCUCCGAUCUCAGAGCAGAUCCAAGAAGCGAUAACCUUUCGGGAGAAGAACCGAGGCAGCAAAUUGUUCAAUCACCUGUCAGCUGUCAGCGAAAGUAUCCAGGCCCUGGGUUGGGUGGCUGUGGCACCCAAACCUGGUCCUUAUGUGAAAGAAAUGAAUGAUGCUGCCAUGUUUUAUACAAACCGAGUCCUCAAGGAGUACAAAGAUGUGGAUAAGAAGCAUGUGGAGUGGGUUAAAACUUACUUGAGUAUAUGGACAGAGCUGCAGGCUUACAUUAAAGAGUUCCAUACCACCGGACUGGCCUGGAGCAAAACGGGGCCUGUGGCUAAAGAACUGUGUGGAUUGCCAUCUGGACCCUCUGCUGUAUCAGGUCCUCCUCCCCCACCACCAGGCCCACCUCCCCCACCAAUGCCUACCAGUUCAGGGUCAGAUGACUCUGCUUCACGCUCGGCACUGUUUGCACAGAUUAAUCAGGGGGAGGCCAUCACACAUGCCCUAAAACAUGUAUCUGAUGACAUGAAGACUCACAAGAACCCUGCCCUGAAGGCCCAGAGUGGUCCAGUACGAAGUGGCCCCAAACCAUUCUCUGCACCUAAACCAGGAGUUAACCCAUCCUCUAAACCAGCCACAAAGAAGGAGCCGGCUCUACUUGAACUGGAGGGCAAGAAGUGGAGAGUGGAAAAUCAGGAGAACGUUUCUAACCUGGUGAUUGAUGACACAGAGCUGAAACAGGUGGCUUACAUAUACAAGUGUGUCAACACGACAUUGCACAUCAAGGGCAAAAUUAACUCCAUUACAGUAGAUAACUGUAAGAAACUCGGUCUGGUGUUUGAUGACGUAGUGGGCAUUGUGGAGAUAAUCAAUAGUAGAGAUGUCAAAGUUCAGGUAAUGGGUAAAGUGCCAACCAUUUCCAUCAACAAAACAGAUGGCUGCCACGUUUAUCUGAGCAAGAAUUCCUUGGAUUGUGAGAUCGUCAGUGCCAAAUCUUCUGAGAUGAAUGUCCUCAUUCCUACAGAAGGCGGAGACUUUAAUGAGUUCCCCAUCCCCGAGCAGUUCAAGACCCUAUGGAAUGGGAAGAAGUUGGUCACCACAGUGACAGAAAUUGCUGGAUAAGCGAAGUGCCACUGGGUUCUUUGCCCUCUCCCUCACACCAUGGGAUAAAUCUGUAUCAAGACGGUUCUUUUGUAGAUUCCCUCUACCUUUCUGCUCUUAAACUGCUUCUCUGCUUUGAGAAGCACAGCUACCUGCCUUCACUGAAAUAUACCUCAGGCUGAGAUUUGGGGUGGGAUAGCAGGUCAGUUAUCUUCUGCAGGAAGGGGCAGCCUUUCCUGUCAGCUCAACCACACCACCAGUCUGUUCUUAAGGAACUGCAGACCAGGACUGGCAUGUUUCUGCUUUCAGCCUUUGGGGAUUAUUCCACCAAUAGUCUUUUGGGACGAACAAAGCAGUCCCCAGGAAUUAACAGCUCAGAAAGUUCACACAAGUUAAUCUUUUCCUAACAAUGAGCAUGAGGUAGCAGAAGCUGGUAUGAUUCCAGCUGGUUCUUCUAACAGACUAAUUUUUCAAUGUUGACAAGUGAGGCAUUGGACCAAAGGCUGAAGCUUGGCCAUCUAGCAUUCCAAGCAAAAUCGUUUCCUCUAAGUAUUCCUUUUAUUCUGCAUUCCUUCUUGGCUCCACCUGAACCUGAGACAAUAGGUUCUCCUGUACCAGCUGCUGUGGCAGUGCCUGCACCCAGGCCAAUUUAGAGUCUUAAACCCUUUCUUUCUCUGGGAUCCCUGCCCAGCACCUCCCUAGAGGUGACAUAAAAAGAGAGAGGGGGAAAAAAAAGGAAAAACACACCAUUCUAAAGAAUCUGGCAUUCCUUCCUCCCAUGCUAGGUGCCUGUCAUCCAUCUUCCCUGUCUCCAUUGCCCUGUCAUGCUCAACAGCUUCUGGCUUCUGUCCAGGCACCUGAACAAAGGACUACAAUCUCCACUGUAGGCUGGUUUUCGGUUUUAUAUAAGAACGUUGCACAGCAUUGCUAAUAAAAAUUUCAGUUUUUUCCCUCUAGGACAAACACAUACCAAAAUAUGCAACUUUUUUUUGGUGGGAAGAGAUAUUGUCCUGUGACUUCUACCCAUUUCCUGAGGCCUGCAGAAAUAAACCUUUACUUAAAGUUAUACAGAAAAUAGAAUAAAAUUAAUACCAGA